UUCAACUCUCUAUUAGCGGGCGGUAUUAACGUUACCGCAUGCCGUAAUUUACGGGUGGAUAACGUUGAACGUUAUCGUAAUUUACGUUGUUUUCUUGCCUUGCGCAGUCUUAUUCUGCCAUUACAAAAUGGGUUGGAGCACAGAGCAGAAGAAUAAUUUGAAGAAAACUUCAAAAUUUAUCGUCAAAAAGGAGGGGGCGCCCGUGUUUGUAUAUUUAAAUGCUCGCACGAAUAUUUUGAAGUCUAUUUUAACCGAGGUGUGAUUUUGAAAGGGUGUUUUUGUAAAUGAAGUUCCAAAAAUAAAAAUGCCUAGUAACGAAGUGCCGCAACGGUCGGCGUUAACCCCUAAAAGACUAAGAUUUUCGUCUGACGACGAUUUGGCUCUGCUAAGAGAGUUCUUAAAUAAUAAUCCGCUCAAGGAUGCUGAGAAGUGGGAAACCAUUCAGAAAAACGUUUUUGAAAUAACGGGAAAAAAUUUCAAAGUGAGAACGUUAAAAGACCAUGUCUUUCUAUUAUUAAAGAUGUGGAAACAAAAAGACACAAAAAGUCAAAAGAGUUCUGGCGUGGAAGAAGUUUAUUCAGAAAGAGACCAACUCCUGCAGGAGAUUGCAGAUAUCUGCAGAGAAAGUGAAGCGUUGUUGGCGAAGAGAAAACGGCCUUUACCCAAGGAGAAGCAAAUUGCCGAAUUGGGAAAAAAGGCCAGAGAUAGUUGCCUCAGUUCCUUGCAAACAGGGGAUGAUUUAAUUCAUGGUGGUGAACGAAGUCAGCCUGACCAUGAUUACAUUACCCUAACUGAUGUUAUGAGGGAACCAUUUAUGGAUACAUCAGUAUUGCAUUUGGAGGAGGAGCCACUAUUUGAAGUAUGUGUAGAUGCAAACUCCAAAGAGGGCCCUGAAAUGUCCAAGGAACUGCCACUUCCUGCUCAUGAAAGCGAAAAGGGGAAUAAAGAAGCUGGAGGGAACAUGGUCAAGCCCUGCUGGUUGAAUAUAAUCGGCAUCAGUAGAAACAAUGGACUUGGCCACUGAGCGAUCACAAAGCUAAUCGGAGGUGCUUGCAAUUAACAUUAACAUUAAAGUAAAGUAAAACUCGAAGACAUACUGCUCUGCUAGUUGAAUAUAAUUGGCAUCAGUAAGAAACUAUGGACCUGCCUACUGAGCGAUAACGAAUCUAAUAAUCGUAGGCCCUUAUAGUUAAGAGCUGGUUGAAUAUAAUCGGCACAAGGUUGAUUAAUCAAUCUAUUUAAUUCAAAGUUAAGUUAAACUCUAAGAAAUACUGCUCUGCUAGUUGAAUAUAAUUGGCAUCAGGGAAAAUCAUUGGAUCAGUCUACUGAUUACUUCAGGAAACUGGUUGUAUAUAAUUGGCAUUGAGUUAAAACACCUAUCCCCUUAAGGGGAAUAUUUCAAUCAUGACUAUGGAGUUUCUUCAGGUGUGCAAGAUGGAAACCCUGUGCAAUAUGAGGAAAUAGAGGUCCAGGAGAUGGAUGAAAAUUUGGAUCCAGAAAUUUUGGACAUUUUAGGUCCCAAAAAGACCCCAGGAAAGGCUGCCUCAGCAAUCUCGAAGCAGCUAGCAGAAUGCUGGCAAGAAAUUCUCCGUGGUGGUAUGGAAGAAGAAGAGGUGGCUAAAAUUAUGGACAAAUACCCACCAACUUCGAACUGCCCAAUGGUUCAAGCUCCAAAAUUGAACAAAGGAAUGAGGGGAGCCAUAACAGACUUUUUUGCAAGAGGGAUGCCAGAAUCACAAGAACUCAGGAUCAAAUUGGGGUAGCCCUAACGGCGAUUGGCCAGGUUCUUACUAAAAUAGUCAAGGUCGAAGGCGAAAAGGACCUACCGGUUAUAGAGAGCCUGUCAGAAGCAGGAAAAGUACUGGCAAGUGUGCACCAUGAGCAUUCUCUGUUGCGAACGAACCUCAUCAUCCCUCACCUGAAUAAAAAUUUAAAAGAUUCACUAGCAGAAGUUAGCAUCGACGGCUACCUUUUUGGGGUGAACCUAGUAGAGAAAAUAAGGGAGGGCAAAGAACUCCAGAAAGCCGCAACGGAGUUGAAAGUUGCAAAACAAAAGACUCCACUAAAGCAAGUUAACAAGAAAAAUUUAAACUACAAGAGUCUGCCCCAGAAAUAACGGUCCACAUUCAGGGGCAGACAGAAGGAGCCUCAGAGGAAGGACAGGUACCAACAGAAGUACCAGAGGUUGUCAACAAAGCACCAUAUGGACCAGGAGUAUCGGAAGUCGUCCAACCAACGGAGAUGAAGGUAAAUAGAGUGGCAGGGCGCUUGAGAUGCUUCAGUGAUAUCUGGAGAAAGUAUACUUCUGACCCAGUAAUCCUGUCAUGGGUCGAGGGUUAUAAAAUUACCUUCACAAGGAAACCAUUCCAAAAAGUAAGACACAAAUGCCAAGGUCGAUAUUAAGGAUGCAUAUCACCAUGUUAACAUACAUAAGGGAGAUAUUUACGUUUCAUAUUCAACGGUUUUUUGUAUGAAUACAAUUGUCUUCCAUUUGGGCUGAACACAGCAC